AUGGCCAGCUGGGUCCCCAUCCGUUGGUGGCUGACCCUCGUCCAUUGGUGGCUGCCUUCCCUCCCACCCUUCCUCGUGACUCCCUUCGGCGUAGCGCCCGCGGCGCCUGUGACCGCUCCAGAACGCAGCUGGCGAAAGCUCCGGAAGUCCCACAUCCCUGGGGUCAGCAUCUGGCAGCUGGUGGAGGAGAUCCCCGAAGGCUACAGCACGCCGGACUUUGAGCAGAAGCCCGUCACCUUGGCUCUGCCAGAGGGGAAAAAUGCUGUUUUUCGGGCUCUGGUCUGCGGGGAGCCCAGGCCCGAGGUGCGUUGGCAGAACUCUAAAGGUGACCUCAGUAACUCCAGCAAGUACAAGAUCUCCUCCAGCCCGGGCAGCAAGGAGCACGUGCUGCAGAUCAACAAGCUGACAGGCGAGGACACAGAUGUGUACCGCUGCACGGCAGUGAACGUGUAUGGAGAGGCUGCGUGCUCAGCGAGACUCACCGUCAUCGAAGUUGGCUUUAGGAAGAAUCGGAAGAGGCAAAAGGAACCGCAGGAAGACCUCAGGAAGGAGCUGAUGGACUUCCGGAAGUUGCUGAAAAAGAGGGCCCCACCCGCCCCCGAAAAAAAGAUAGACCUUGAGCAGGUGUGGCAGCUGCUGAUGACGGCAGACAGGAAGGACUACGAGCAGAUCUGCAUGAAGUAUGGCAUCGUCGACUACCGGGGCAUGCUGCGCAGGCUGCAGGAGAUGAAGAAGGAGCAGGAGGACAAGAUGGCGCAGUACAUCAAUGCCAUCGCCAACUUGAGACACGUCAGGGUCACCAAGGAGGGAAUUGCAAAGUUUGACCUGGAGCUGGAUCUCAAGGAUUCUCAGAGCAAGAUUUACCUGUACAAGGACGGUGAGAUGAUCCCCUAUGGCUUCAACAACCAGACCAAGCACAGUCUGCGCCGGCUGGGGAAGCGCUACCAAUUCCAGAUCCAGGACUUGCAGCCCGAGGACUCUGGGAUCUACCAGGUGAAGGUGGAGGAUGCUGUGGUCUUCUCCACAGAGCUGGAGGCCAGUGCCAUCCCCCCCAGAGUGGUGGUCCCGCUGACCGAGACCCGCUGUGAGGAGCAGGGUGAUGCUGUCUUCGAGUGCACCCUCUCCAGCCCCUGCCCUAGUGCAGCCUGGCAUUUCCGGCACCGGCUACUCCACCCCAGUGAUAAAUAUGAAGUGUUUGUGUCCCCCGACGGGCUGACCCACCGGCUGGUGGUGAGGGGGGCCCGUUUUUCGGACAUGGGCCCCUACUCACUGGGCACUGGGCUCCACACUUCCAGCGCCUGGCUGGUGGUUGAAGCUGGGAAGGAUAAAGACCUUCAGUCCGCAAGUGCCGACCACCAGCUGCAGAACAAGGGAGGUGGCAAAGACGGCAGGUUGGACAUCUGUGGAGAGAAGAGAGAUGCUACCCAGAGUUCCACAUCCAGAUACAAGCCUGGCACUGGCAGGCUCUCCAAGGAGGCCCAGGGCCCCAAGGGCCACUUCUCCCAGGGCCUAGCUGACACGGAGGUGCAGCAGGGGGAGGCUAUCACACUCUCCUGUACCCUCACCAGCGACCUGGGACCCGGCACCUGGUUUAAGGAUGGAGUCAAGCUCACCGCCCAGGAUGGAGUCAUCUUCGAGCAAGACGGUCUUGUGCACCGACUCUUCAUCGCACGUGCACAGGGGACCCAAACUGGGAGGUACACCUUUGUAGCCGGCGACCAGCAGAGCGAGGCCACCCUGACUGUCCAGGAUGCCCCCAUCAUUGCUCCAGAUGUGACAGAGAAACUGAGAGAGCCACUGGUGGUCAAGGCUGGGAAGCCGGUGACAGUGAAGAUCCCCUUCCAGAGCCACCUCCCCAUUCAGGCGGCCUGGAGGAAGGACGGGGCCGAGGUGGUGGGCAGUGGUGACAGGGAGGCCCAGGUGGAGCUGCGGGAUGGCUACUCGCGGCUGUGCCUCCCUAGCGCAGGCAGGAAGGACUGUGGCCAGUACAGUGUGACGCUGAGGAGCAAGGGAGGCUCCGUGCAGGCUGAGUUCACCCUGCAAGUCAUAGACAAGCCUGAUCUCCCACAAGGGCCCCUGGAGGUUCAGGAUUGCCACAAGGCUGGUGUCUGCCUUCACUGGCGGCCCCCACGGGACGAUGGGGGCCGGCCUGUAGAGCGCUACGUGGUGGAGAGACGGCAGGCUGGCAGGAGCACUUGGCUGCAGGUGGGCGAGGCCCCCGCUGACAGCACCACCUUCACGGAUGCCCACGUGGAGCCGGGCAGGAAGUACACCUUCCGAGUGCGGGCUGUGACCUCAGAGGGCGCUGGCGAGGCCCUGGAGUCCGAGGAGACAUUGGUGGCUCCUGAGGCCCUCCCCAAGGCCCCUUCCACUCCAGCCAUCCUGUCGGCCUCCAGCCAGGGCAUUACACUAACAUGGACGGCACCUCGGGGUCCUGGCAGUGCCCACAUCCUGGGCUACCUGAUCGAGAGGCGUAAGAAGGGCAGCAAUACCUGGACAGCAGUGAACGACCAGCCUGUGCCUGAGAGGAAGUGGACGGUGGCGGACGUGCAGCAGGGCUGUCAGUACGAGUUCCGGGUCACCGCUGUGGCUCCCUCAGGCCCCGGAGAGCCUGGGCCCCCGUCAGAUGCCGUCUUUGCUCGGGACCCCAUGAGACCCCCUGGGCCGGUACGGAAUCUCCAAGUCACAGACACAUCAAACACCAGCAUCACCCUGAGCUGGGCCGGGCCGGACACGCAGGACGGGGAUGAAGCCCAGGGAUACGUGGUAGAGCUAUGUGGCUCAGACAGCCUCCAAUGGCUUCCAUGCCAUGCGGGCACCAUGCCAGCCACCACCUACACAGCCAAGGGGCUUCGGCCCAAAGAGGGCUACUUUGUGCGGGUGACAGCAGUUAACGAAGGAGGCCAGAGCCAGCCCACUGCCCUGGACACGCUGGUGCAAGCCAUGCCCAUUACCGUCUGUCCCAAGUUCCUCAUGGACUCCAGCACCAAGGACUUGCUGACGGUCAAGGUUGGAGACACUGUCCGUGUGCCUGUCUCCUUUGAAGCUGUGCCCAUGCCUGAGGUGACCUGGCUGAAGGAUGGCUUGCCCUUGCCCAAAAGAAGUGUGACCAUCACCAAGGAUGGCCUCACCCAGCUUCUGAUCCCUGUAGCCAGCCUCUCGGACAGCGGUCUCUACACUGUGGCGCUGAGGACCCCACAGGGGAAGGAGGUUGCCCACAGCUUCCGCAUCAGGGUGGCAGCAUGCCCGCAGGCGCCUGGGCCCAUCCACCUGCAGGAGAACGUGCUUGGAACGGUCACGGCCGAGUGGGAGCCCUCUCCAGACGAGGCCCGGGGUGUCCCGCUGCACUACGCGGUACUCACGCGCUCCUCCGCGCACGGCCCCUGGCGCGAGGCGGCCGACCGGAUCCACACAAACCGCUUCACCCUCCUGGGCGUCGUCCCCGGCCAUGAGUACUACUUCAGGGUGGUGGCCAAGAAUGAGCUGGGGACCAGCAAACCCUCGGACACUAGCCAGCCCUGGUGCAUCCCCCGGCAGCGCGACAGGUUCACAGUGAAGGCUCCGAGCUACCGGGAACCCGAUCUGAGCCAGAAGCCCCGGUUCCUGGUGGGCCUGCGGUCCCACCUGCUGCCUCAGGGCUGUGAGUGCUGCAUGAGCUGCGCGGUGCAGGGCUCGCCCCGGCCCCACGUCACCUGGUUCAAGGACGACCAAAGCCUGGAAGGAAGCCCCGGGGUGUACAGCACCGACCUGCUGGGCGUCUGCUCCCUCACCAUCCCCAGCGUGUCCCCGAAGGACAGCGGCGAGUACAAGGCUGUGGCCGAGAACACGCUGGGCCAGGCGGUCAGCACGGCCACCCUCAUUGUCAUAGAAUCCAGCUCCUAGCUCCACCUCACCCUGGGAUGGUCCUGGACCCUCCGAGCUUCACUUCUGACACCUGCACUGGCCCAGGAAGCCAGUCCCAAAGGAUGGAGGC